CCAAGACGCCUAUAUACACGAGGAGUCUCAAGCACUGAAUUUCAGAAGGCUUUCUCUGCCAGCGAGGCUCAUUUUUUCAUAUCCACGCUAUGCCAUGUUCAAUAUCAUGGCACCUCGCGAAAAGAGCAACGAUGCAGGCGCCCCAGGUCACGAAGACGGACACCCGGCCCUGGACCAUCGCACUGGCGGCAACACAAUCGAUGAGAAGCAUGCUGCACCCAACCAGGAUACUCAUGUAGAACACGGGGAUUUGGGGCAACCCUUGUCUGAACUUGAACCCGAUGCAACUGGCGACGGCGUGAUUAGUAGGCAAUUGACAGGGGCGAGUCAACAGUCUCUCCCACCACCAGACGGCGGUUUCAGGGCCUGGUCAACGUGUAUAUGUGCCCACAUCGUCAUUGCAAAUACGUGGGGGGUGAUAAACUCGUUUGGCAUCUUCCAGGCAUACUAUACCGACUUUCUCGAGAUCCCCCCGUCGCAGAUCUCGUGGAUUGGCUCGUUGCAGAUCUUCCUUGCCAACUUCCUGGGAGUCUUCUCCGGGCGCCUCAGUGAUGCAGGGUAUUUCCGCUUGACAAUUGGCAUAGGGACUGCCCUCCAGGCGCUAGGUGCCUUCGCAACAUCGUUUUGCACCCAAUACUGGCAGUUGAUGCUUGCUCAGGGCAUCGUCAUCGGCACGGCGGCUGGAUUUCUCUGCUGCCCCAUGCUGUCUGUUACGUCAACAUACUUUUCCAAGCGGAGGGCUUUGGCCGUCGGCAUCGUCACCUGCGGCAAUGUUACAGGCGGUUUGAUCUAUCCCGCCAUGGCGCGACAGCUGCUUCCUGCAAUCGGGUUUGGCUGGGCCUUGCGAUCCAUGGCAUUCCUGCAACUUGCGACGACGAUCAUGGUCAAUAUCGUUGCCCGGCCGCGGAUCCAGACGAAGACCUCUGGGCCGCUAAUCGACUGGGCCACAUUGAAGGAGCUGGACUUUCUCUUGUACGCGGUAGGUCUGCUGUUUAGCCUUGCCGGUACCUACGUGGCCCUCUACUACCUCCCACAAUUCAGUCGGUCGCAAAUCACCCCUCCCCUAUCAUAUCCGGACUCACUAAACCUCCUCCUCAUCUUCAACGGCGUCAGCGUCUUCGGCCGCCUCAUUCCCUCCCGCCUAGCCGACGCCAUCGGGCCCAUCAACGUCAUGAUCCCGGCCAUCCUCGCCAGCGGCAUCUGCAACCUGGGCUGGAUGGGAGUCCACAACCCGGCGGGCGUCUACGCGUGGACGACCGUCUACGCCCUCGCCGGCAGCGCCCUGCUGGCCCUGUUCCCCGCCGGCGCCAUGUCGGUCGGCCGUCGGGACGUGCGCAACACGGGUGCCCGCAUCGGAAUGGCCAUGGCUGUGUCUAGCCUCUCUGUGCUGGUCGGCCCGCCGGUUGCGGGGGCUAUCAUCACUCGGGCGGGCGGGACAUAUCGAGGUGCUCAGGCAUACGGCGCUUGUCUGCUGCUGCUGGGGGCGGCGCUGGUGUGUUGUGCCAAGGUCGCGCGGACGGUGCGAGAUGGGGGGAGGUGGUUGGCGAAGAUGUAAUUAUGGAACAGGAUGUUGGUGUGCUUAAGUUUCGGUAUCUAUCUUGACAUAGGUAAUUAAUCAGUAAGCGCCUGGAUAUACGCACUGGCUACGUCUGUAUUCACUUUACCUGCCUGAGCUUGAGCUUAAUUCACUAGACUCGGC